AUGGGCAACGAAGCUACCCCGCUACCAGAGGGCAUCUCCUCCCUUCUAGAUACUGAUCUCUACAAAUUGACGAUGCAAUGCGCGGUUCUGAAGUAUUUCCCGGAUGUCUAUGUGACGUACAGCUUCACGAAUCGAACCCCGCACAUGAAGUUGCGACGCGGGGCAUACAAAUGGCUUCUGCAACAGAUGGAUAAGCUCUCCAAUAUCCGUGUCACCUCCGAAGAACGCGACUGGCUUCGCAAGAAAUGCCCUUACCUCAAUGAAGCCUAUCUCACCUUCCUCGAAACCUUUCAGCUCAAGCCCUCCGAGCAAAUUGAGAUCAAAUUCACUCCCACGCAAGACACGGGUAGCGACGUUGACGAGGGUGACGUGUCAUACGUUGUCAAGGGUCUGUGGCUUGACACCAUCCUCUACGAGAUCCCGCUGCUGGCAUUAACCAGCCAGGCCUAUUUCAUGUUCUCGGACAAAGACUGGGACUAUGAGGGCCAGGAAGAGAAAGCUUAUCGCAAAGGCUGUGAGCUUCUAGAGCAUGGAUGUGUCUUUUCGGAGUUUGGAUCGCGCCGCCGACGAGAUUACCACACCCACGAUCUGGUCAUGAAGGGCUUAACGCGUGCCGCCGAGCAUGGAAAGCAGAAGGGGUGGAAGGGUGUGUUGUCCGGAACAAGCAACGUGCAUUUUGCUAUGAAGUACGGCACCAAUGCUGUUGGAACGGUUGCGCACGAGUGGUACAUGACCAUCGCGGCCAUUACGGAUGACUACAAGAAUGCAAACGAGCUGGCUUUACGAUACUGGCUUGGCUGCUUCGGAGAGGGGGUCCUCGGCGUUGCCCUCACCGAUACUUUCGGUACACCCGCUUUCCUUGAUGCCUUCCGCAAGCCCGUCCCAGAGUACACAAGCGCGGGCGUGGGCGCGGUGACUGUUGCGCCAUCUGGAGCCAACACAACUGUGGAAACUUCACCACAGAGUCUGACCACUGCGCAAAACCCGAUCGCCGCACCUGUCACCACCGGCGGCAGCCACCCCACCAAGACGUACGCCCAGGUAUACACCGGCGUGCGACAGGACUCAGGCGACCCUACGUAUUUCGUUAAGAUGGUGCGUGACUUCUACGAUCGCGAAGGUAUCACAGACAAGAAGGUUGUCGUGUUCUCCGAUUCGUUGAAUAUCGAGCACUGUCUGGAAUACAAGACGAUUGCUGAGGAGGCACACCUUACUCCUACAUUUGGCGUGGGCACAUUCUUUACAAAUGACUUCACGAACAAAUCGAACGGCGAAAAGUCCAAACCCCUCAACAUUGUCAUCAAGAUCUCAACUGCGAAUGGGAGCCCGGCUGUCAAGCUGAGUGAUAACCUGGGCAAGAACACCGGAGACUCCGAGAAGGUCGCGGAGGUCAAGAAGGUACUUGGAUACACGGAGAGAGAUUGGGAACAGGGCGAUGAGCAGAACCGCUGGGCGCAGAAGGCAUAG